UUGUCUGGACCUGGAGCAAUGUUCUCUUAAGGUAUUGGAGCCUGAAGGAAGCCCAAGCCUGUGUUUACUGAAACUAAUGGGUGAAAAAGGUUGUACAGUCACAGAAUUGAGCGACUUCUUGCAGGCUAUGGAGCACACUGAGGUUCUUCAGCUUCUCAGCCCCCCAGGAAUAAAGAUCACUAUAAACCCAGAAUCAAAGGCAGUGUUGGCUGGACAGUUUGUGAAACUAUGUUGCCGGGCAACUGGACAUCCUUUUGUACAAUAUCAGUGGUUCAAAAUGAAUAAAGAGAUUCCAUAUGGAAAUGCCUCAGAACUUGUUUUUAACACAGUGAGUGUAAAGGAUGCAGGCUUUUAUGUCUGUCGUGUUAAUAAUAAUUCCACAUUUGAAUUCAGCCAGUGGUCACAGCUAGAUGUUUGUGAAGUGGCAGAAUUAACAGAAACCUUCCGAAAAAAUGGGGAUGAUAUCUCUGAAUCCAAGUUGCAGAUCUGUGUUGAACCGAAGUCCCAGAAGCUAAUGCCAGGAACCACGUUGGUUUUACAGUGUGUUGCUAUUGGAACCCCUAUUCCUCAGUAUCAGUGGUUCAAAAAUGAAUCACCACUAACACAUGAGACAAAAAAGGUAUACAUGGUACCUUAUGUAGAUUUGGAACAUCAAGGAACCUAUUGGUGUCAUGUAUAUAAUGAUCAAGAUAGUCAAGACAGUAUCAAGGUAGAAAUCAUCGUAGGAAGAACAGAUGAGGCAGUGGAGUGCACUGAAGAUGAACUAAAUAAUUUUGGCCAUCCUGACAAUAAAGAGCAAACAACUGACCAAUCUUUGGCAAAAGACAAAGUUGCUCUUUUGAUAGGAAAUAUGAAUUACUGGGAACACCCCAAGCUUAAAGCUCCCUUGGUGGAUGUGUAUGAAUUGACCAACCUGUUAAGACAGCUGGAUUUCAAAGUUGUUUCAUUGCUGGAUCUAACCGAAUAUGAGAUGCGUAAUGCUGUGGAUGAAUUUUUACUGCUUUUAGACAAAGGAGUGUAUGGUUUACUGUAUUACGCAGGGCAUGGUUAUGAAAACUUUGGGAACAGCUUUAUGGUCCCUGUUGAUGCUCCAAACCCAUAUAGGUCUGAAAAUUGUCUAUGCGUACAAAAUAUACUGAAGUUGAUGCAAGAAAAAGAAACCGGACUUAAUGUAUUCUUGCUGGAUAUGUGUCGGAAAAGAAAUGACUAUGAUGAUACCAUUCCAAUCCUGGAUGCACUGAAAGUCACUGCCAAUAUCGUGUUUGGAUAUGCCACGUGUCAAGGAGCAGAAGCUUUUGAAAUCCAGCAUUCUGGAUUGGCAAAUGGAAUCUUCAUGAAAUUUUUAAAAGAUAGAUUACUUGAAGACAAGAAAAUUACUGUGUUACUAGAUGAAGUUGCAGAAGAUAUGGGCAAAUGUCACCUUACCAAAGGUAAACAGGCUCUGGAGAUUCGAAGCAGUUUGUCUGAAAAGCGAGCCCUCACUGAUCCGAUUCAAGGGACAGCGUCUUCCGCCGAGUCUCUGGUGCGCAACCUGCAGUGGGCCAAGGCGCAUGAACUUCCAGAAAGCAUGUGCCUUAAAUUUCAAUGUGGUGUUCAGAUUCAAUUAGGAUUUGCAGCUGAGUUUUCCAACGUCAUGAUAAUCUACACAAGUAUAGUCCACAAACCGCCGGAGAUAUUAAUGUGCGAUGCCUAUGUCACUGACUUCCCACUCGACCUAGAUAUUGAUCCAAAAGAUGCAAAUAAAGGGUCUCCUGAGGAAACGGGCAGCUACUUAGUAUCAAAGGAGCUGCCCAAGCACUGCCUCUACACAAGACUCAGUUCCCUGCAAAAAUUAAAGGAACAUCUGAUCUUCACAGUGUGUUUAUCGUAUCAGUACUCGGGACUAGAGGACACUGUGGAGGAGAAACAAGAAGUGAACGUCGGGAAGCCUCUCAUUGCUAAGCUAGACAUGCACCGAGGCCUGGGCAGGAAGACUUGCUACCAGACGUGCCUGAUGUCCGACGGGCCUUACCACAGCGCCACACGGACCUCUGGGGGAACGGGGCAUUAUCCUUCAUCUCAGGACCCAUUCCAUGGUGUCUACCAUUCCCAUCUUGCUGAUUCGGAGAGCGUUAUGCCGUCAGACAGAUGCCACUGCAGCCGGACUCCUAAUGCAUUCAUUUCAAGUUACCACACCCACCAUUACUCCUGUCGGUUUGGUAGGAGUAACGUGCCGGUGGAGACAACUGAUGAAAUGCCAUUCAGUGUCUCUGAUGGGCUCAGGAUUUCUGAAAAGUGACCUUAUUUUUGAAAGUUCACAUAAUUCCUAGAUGCCUUACCUGAAAUUGUACUUGUGUAAAGUGAGGCACUGUGAAAUGGCAAAUACAUACGGAGAGAAAAUUGGUGACAACUGUUUCAUAAGCUCAAGACUUUGAGAUGAUGGAAUAACAUUAUUUAACCAUAGACUCCCUCUUGUUUUCUGUUUUUAGACAUGUAAAUUGAAUGAUUUGUUCUGUGAGAAUGAAAUAUGGAUGUAUGUAUAUAACAGAGGUGUAUAUGUAUGUAUGUAACAUAACAAAGAUAUUUUUAUUUUGACUUUUCUAAA